CUCCCGUCCAGGUCGCCGGGAAGGAGCGGGCGUGGUCAGGGACGGAGCUGGGACGCAGAGGGAGCAGCGGGAGGUUCGGGACGGCAGCGCGGUCUGCAGAGUGAGGUACGCUGCCAGCGAGCGAGCAGCGUGGGGGACAGCGCCAGGACCCGCACCCAGCGCCGUCGACACCGACACCUGCCGGCUCCAGCCACCCACGGCUGGGCUGAUCCCAGCGGCUCCUGGACCUCAGACUAGCUAAACGUCAUGACGAGGCUGGGCCUGCGUUGGACACUGCUGGUGGCUGUCUUCAUCAAGGCGGUGGCGGCGCAGCGCGCCGACGACCAGAGCGGACCAACCGUGACGGACAUCGACGUCCAGUGCGAGCGAACCGGCAUGCGCGUGGAGAUUCAGUUCUCGGAGCGGUUCGACGGCAUCAUCUUCAGCAAAGGCCACUUCGCCGACCCCAGCUGCAGGUACGUGCCGUUCCAGAGCGGUGACACCAGCUACACGUUCGAGAUUCCGAUGACCGGCUGUGGCUCGCGGGCCAUCACGGACGACGGCCGUAUGGGCUUCGAGAACACCAUGAUCAUCCAGUCGGAAGAGGUGGUGCAGGAGCAGUGGGACUCGGCGCGGCGGCUCAGCUGCGAUUGGCCGGACCGGGUCGAGAAGCUGGUCACCUUCAGGCCGAUCGCUGUCCAGAUGCUGGACGCCACCGAGGCGCGCUUCGCCGGCGAUGACGUCACCUGCUGGAUGGACAUCCAGCUGGGGCGCGGUCCGUUCGCAGAGUCGGUGGACGGGAUCGUGCGCAUCGGCGACGAGCUGACGGUGGUGCUGAUGGCGCAGGCCGCCGCCGGACAGAUGGACAUGGCCGUCAAAAACUGCUACGCCUACGACGGCGAGAACAUCAGCGAUCCGCGCACCACCGUCCUGCAGCUGACCGACGACAACGGCUGCCUGCUCAAGCCCAAGCUGAUGGGCUACUUCCGCAAGACGCGACAAACGGGCAGCACCGGCGCCGACAUCCUCGCCUUCGCGCGCAUGAACGCCUUCAAGUUCCCCGAUCGCAUGGACGUGUACCUGGCGUGUGAGGUCGAGUUCUGCAAGGGCCGCUGCGAGCAGGGCUGCGACAGCGACGACGCGCCGCGCGGCUUCCAGGAGGACGGCGACCGGGGGGAGGAGGACGAGCAGCGGAAUCACCGCUGGGACCUCUGGAACCACCGGCGGGACUACCGGCGGAACCAACGGCCAGACCACCGGCGGAACCACUGCGGGGACCACCGCCGGGACCACCGGUGGAACCACCGGCGGGACUACCGGUGGGACCACCGGCGGGAGCAACGGCCAGACCACCGGCGGGACCACCGGCGGAACCACCGGUACCUCGGCGCCUGA